AUGGAAUUCAAGAAAGUUUUAGUAAGCGUCGCUUUAGUUGGUUUAGCCAAGGCUCAAAAUAAUGCGACCUCCACUUCAAGUGCGGCCGCCGCUAUUGCUCAAGGUAAUAUGGCGAGCGUAGGUGUUGCGGGUGCUGUUUUGGCUGGAGCUUUGGCUUUCUUAGUCUAA